AUGACCGUGCGCUUUGUUGUCGAUGGUGUGCUCGCCAGGAACGUGUUUGUAGCAACUUUUCGGAAAGGUAAGUGUCCUUGUCCUGCACGGACAUUUAUGUUCCGCGGCGCAUCUUUUCUAAGCCUUUAGGGGGUUACAUGUGGGCCUGACGGCCAAUGUUGAUGUGUUGUGCAGUUUAGGCUGUUACCUAUUUGCGCAUCGGCAAUGAUAGCCAGAUUUAAUUUGGGGGUAUGACAAUUUACUACAUUCAUGGUAUUUGACUAGCGUUUUAUCGUUGCAAACGUGGUGCCGAUUCACAAAUCUAAGACAGUUUUCGUUAAAUCCUAAAUCAUUCCCUUCAGAUGCUGUGCACGUUAGUUUGCUUUUCAAUGGGUUUUCAAACUCGAUGUCAUUUACAUUCAUCAUUAAUAUUCCUCCCACAUAUGCUUCUGAAUGUAACCAUUGCGGGACUUUGAUUUAUCGUACAGACAGUCGGUAUCGUAGGAGGCAAGAAUUAGUUUAAACAAGACAUUACAACUUGUUGUUAAGUCUCCAUGGGCCAGGUCCUUUUUUAUUAACUUGGUCAUAAUAUGGAUUUUGUAGCUCCUACUAGUGUUCUUCUAUUAGUUGAGAGCAUUCCAAUGACCAAACGCAUUGCGUAUCUUCUCCCAAAUAGCGCAGACCAGGCGUAGGAAAAGUGGCUAUGAAUUUAGUGAAGGCCCCCAAUUAUCUACGCCGUGCAAACUACGCCCACCAUAUGUGUUUAAGCGGGUCGCGUUUUAUUCGAUGCUAUCCGAAACAUGGUACCUUUUCGUUGACUCUUGCACACUCGACCGCGAGGCUAUCCUCUGACUCCCCGUUGCAUAAUCCACCACGAUCUUAGCUCAGAGAGUUGAUAAACAGCGGUCGCGCCUUAUUCCUUUAUCGCACAUCAUGCCCGUCACCUUAGAAUUACCUCCUACUGGCUGUGUUGCAGCAUCGUGACGAUUGGGCCGUCCAUCGUAGACCUCAGUUCAUACCAUUGGAAGGCCGGCCGCCUUAGCAUUACCCAACAUUGGCUGUGCCGUGAUACUUCAGGCUGAUCCUGAGCUGGUUGUUCUCAAAUAUAUAGCCAGUACUCAGGGUCCUCCUCGUUCGACACCGUACACCUCGAAGCACAGAAUCAUCUGAAUGGCGUCGUAGGAUAUGCUGUUUCAUUUUGUUCUUACACUUUCGUGUCAAUCCCACCGAUAAAAGUCGUUUUGUCUGGUAGUAAUCCACUAAUUUCGUGGAAGUUAUUUUUUCGAUUAUUUGUUCACGUCGACUUCGACCCUGUGUUUGUCCUAGAUCGAUUGUUCUGGCUUUCGCCGGCGAUGACCUGUAAUACUGAGAAGAGGAUAGAGAAUUACGAAAAUACGACUUCACCAGAUAAAGCCUUCGGACCUUCAGUUGCUCGGAAUUAACUAUUAAAGUAUUUCUACGUCUACUGCAUUUAAAAAACUAAUUUCGCACAAACGAAAUGACGUAGUCCGCUUAUUACUUCAGUUGGCGGACAUCCGUUCUGAGAACCGAGUUGAUCCGAUAUUGUUGGCAUAGCGCUCAUGGAAGCUGUACUACCGUUCACAAACACUGAGUGCGGUGGGCUAUCUCAUAUAUCUCCAUUCAUUCUCAUUGGUUGGAUUCACCUUGGUUAACUUUACCUCUGUAAACUAUUGAUUAGCGGUUAACUUAAAUUGGUCUACACUUUGAAUGUUUCUUAUUGUUCACUUUUAUGGAUCUUCCGGCCUGUUUUCGUUGCUAUACUUAGGGGUAUGGUCAGUACUGAGUCACACGUUGAAAUGCUUAACUCACAUCAUUUAUUUUUUGUAAUUUAAGAUACCAUCGAAAUGCCCCACCCGUAAAACCCCCAUUACCACAAUUCCCGUGCGACAAGCGUUUGUGGCUAGUUGGUGAUAUUUAGAGGCCUUCAUUAAAUCCUUGUCGAAAACUGCUGUUGAUGUGAUGCCGACAAACCGGCUAGCGCAAUCUAAUUUGUAUAUCCUCUCAUACCGUACCUCGUUUCCCAGGAAACAUUUGAGGCAGCAAGACAAUAAAUUCUGCUGGCCUGUAAAAAUCUGAAAAUUGACUAAAUUUGGUUUGCUGAUUUUAAAAUAUUUGGUCUUCUUAUAGUUUCCGCUGCGGAUGUCCUUCGGUGUGAAACCAUGGAUCACGAAUGCGAACAUAAAUGCGUAAACAUUCUGGACGGUUACAGGUGUCAGUGCGAUGACGGCUACAGUCUACUUCCAGACGAAAAAUCAUGCCAAAGCGAGUUGUCUUUCUGCUCAAAUAUGCCGUUUUUUGUUAAGUUACCUGCAGACACGCUUCACAAUAGUCAUCGGGGUUUAGUGCGGCAGGAGUCAUUUGCAUCAUUCAGAAUUAUACCUGGCAUUUAGCGCCAUACCCAAUGAUCGUUCAUUUACAUUAGACUGGAUGUUCUUAACGAGUACUAACGUUCACAGACCCAUCAUGUGUCAGUUUACAAUGAUGGACAGCUGAUCAUUCAGAGUGACCUAAAAUUUUGACAGCAAAACUAUCUAGAGGGUUGCUUAGAGGUGGGAGUAAAAUGUGUUACUUACGCGCGUCCUCUGCUUCUGCUAAUAUACCUGCUUCGGCAAAGAUAAUAAUCAGUUGGAUGCGAGAAGAGAAACCCACUUAUUACACCAGACCUUGUUCAAACUUGCAGUGGGAAUGCUAUUCUCGUGCCUUAACUUCAGCCCUAACCCUGACAACAACCAUAACCAUUACAUUAAGGCUUGUAUUCCUAACUCUGACACUAACCUUCCUAACCCAACCAUUUCCGUAAUACUAGCCCUCUUAAUCCCGGCCCUGGCCAUAACCCUCUGAUCCCUUAUCCCAACUCUAGCCCUUGCAGUAACGCUAGCUAAACCCUAAUCCACCUGGUAUUUAGCGCGUAAAAACAUCUAAUGCCGGGGCAAUGAUUCUCGUGCCCUAAUCUUCCAUCUUUCGUUGUCGUAAACGGCAGUCCUCAAUAAAAUGCUAUCCACUUCAAUACUGCUUUGAGACUUGAAUACAGGUCUAUUUAGGUCACGACAACUAAUGCACGUUCAAGAAAUCUGCAGAGAGCAAGAAAUAUAUCCUAGCAUGAUGUGGACGAGGGCAUUUGUGAUUAAAAUGAGGCAAAGUGUGUAAACGGGAGAAUCAAGCAACUAUGCACAAUCAGAAAUAAACGAUUACAUAAAGACAGUUCGCCAACAGAAAAAACGGGUGAGGCGUAUGAAAUGUGCAAAACAGGGCAACAUCCGCACAGCAAAAUGCACAAACACGAAAUGAGGGAAAAGUAGCAUGUGAUAAAUAAGACGAAUUCACAUAUCUGGCGCAAAUACCGUAAGGAGUAAAGGUCGGAAAAUUGGCCAGAUGAAAACUAUUCAUGAAAAUAUACCAGACCUGAUGUAGUGAAGGGAUACCAAUGUCCGCAAGCCACACGAUUCAGAUAGCGAUGACUAGGAGACGAUUGGUCAUAAUGACCAAACAUUAGCUGGAUUCCACUUGAAGUUGGUAAGUUUAGGUAUUUCACACGCAUCAGGCAUUUCAAAAAGUUUUAUCAGUUCUAGUAGCCUUGAGCGACUAGGGAGUUAUUGAUCAUACUGACCGAUUUUCACUCUGCAGUUACCUGCGGUGGCUACUUGGAAGCGGAUAAAGGCAAUAUUACCAGUCCUGGCUACCCUGAUGAGUACCCGCAAAGAAUGGAGUGCGACUGGAAGAUUGCAGUACCUGCUGGAUUCUCCAUUGUUCUCACAUUCUCGCGUUUUGAAGCAAGUGUCAAUCUGAUCAUUAACUGUGUUUACUUAAAGGCGUAUUUGGUUGAGAAAAUAUCAUGAAUGCAUCAGCCGGAUGCAAUAAAUGUCGGGCUUUGCGCAUAUUUGCUGCCUACUGUCUAGUGGGCACCAGGACAUGAAUUCUGUUCAGCGUAUAUAUGAAUCUUUCACAUUCGGGCCGAUUAGAUGUCCAGUAUUUUAUACUCGCCGGCGGCACUCUUUGCAAUAUUUGUGCGGCAUGAUAGGGCAUGCGCGCAAAUGAUCUGCCUAAAUCUACAUCAUCAUACUGAAGAUUGUUGAAUGGCAAUUUUUGCGAAAACAGUUGUCAAGUAUGAUCCAGUCGUAGUAGUCCUUUUCUGUCGGUUGCAGAACAUAUUUUUUGAACACAUGUUGAAAAUGAUUGGGGCCUCAACCGGGGCACAUCAGACAGGUUGAUGUGUAUCCGACGACUACGGUCAAUUCCGCAUUGUCAUCUGCCUUAUAUUUUGUUGGUCGAAAUAUUCGCAUCUACCCUCGGCUCAUCAAACUGCCAGGCACUUACAUCAGCUACUGCAAAAACCUACAACUGGCAAUUUCCUAUGCGGUAGUUUGGACCGCAGUGGUCUGCACAAGCAACUGGCCAUUGCCUUAGAGCCGCGUUUGCGACCUAGAUUAGUGGACAGUGGCAAGCAUUCAGUGGCCUCUUGGGAAGCUUCAUUCCCGGAGCAAUUCGGAAAGCAGUACAGGUUCUAUUAUUGUGUUGUAUGCAGAGUCCUGUGGAGAGCGGAUGGAGGGGACAAAUACAGUGGAAAUAUGACUGCUGCCAAAAGCACUAGGGGAUUUGUAUUUCAUCCUCUUCAAUGGUAAAUUGGACAACAAGUCACGUAUACGAAUCCUGUAGACGACUCCGCCUUACGUUUAAAAACAUGGCUGUUUCUGUGGGGAACCAUUGCCAUGUUUGUUAUACUCUACACACAUCAGUCUAGAGCUUUCACGACUGCGCUCUGUGAUGAGGACGUCAGAUGUUGUCUGCUUCCUUCGAUGUCAUCCCUUGGAAGAUGUUUUUGUGGUUUUUCUGUAAAGACUACGGAAUCAGCAGCCGGAUGGCAUCAAUUAUCAGUAAGGUUGUAAAUUAGAAAUUCUUGCUUGUGUGGGGCGAAUUCGUGAGCUCCUUGGCCCGGUAAAGCCGCCAAAUAGACGGGAGAGAGCAUGGUUAAAUGUCUGGGAUUCCGCGGAUAAGUGUUGUCAUAAUUUGCAUCUUUUCUUCGUGCAGCUAAAAUUCUGUGCUUCUUUCAACAGUUGUCUAAAAGAGGGUCAAUUGCUGCCAAAUAUUGCGGCCACACCAAUGCCAUUGUGCAGCGCGUUGUCAUCAUAUGGAUUUUCCCCAUAUUUCACUCUUACUAAGCAAACUGUCCACACUUACCCACGUGAAGCAACACGGCAAAUGCCUAUUCCGCUGGCAGUCAUUGUUGGGAAAUGUCCGUUUCAAUGACAUUUUGUACGUUUUCAGCUUCUGCUGGACGACGACUGCCCCUACAAUUACUUAGCAAUAUAUGACGGUCCAUCGGACUCUUCACCCUUGCUCGGCAGACUCUGUGGAGCUCAGAUGCCAGCACCCAUAAAGUCGUCGAAUAACACCAUGAGCGUGCGUUUUGUUGUCGAGGGUGUGCUCGCCAAGAACGUGUUUGUGGCCACGUUUCGGAAAAGUAAGUGUCUGUGUUCUGCAGGAGACAUUUAUCUGCUGUGGGACAUCUUUUUUGAAAUCUUUAGGGCCUUUCAACGUGUGCCUUUCUCCAAUGUUGAUGUUUUGUACAAUUUACGCAGUUACCCAUUUGCGCAUCUGCAACGAUAUCAGAUAUAUUUUGGAGCAUGGAAAUUGACUACAUUUUGUGUAUUUGACUAGUUUUUUGCCGUUUAAAUCGCGGGGCCGAUGCACACAUCAAUGAGAGUUUUCUUAAUGUCCUAAUUCAUCCCCUUGAAAUGCUGUGGGCUUUGGUUUGCUUUUCAGCGGAAUUUUAGUUUAUAUGUCACUUACAUUCGUUAUUCAUAUUCUUCUCAUAUAUGCUUCUGAAUGCAACCAUUGCAGGACUUUGAUUAAUCAUACAGACAGGUGGUAUAGUAGGAGGCAAGAAAUAGUUUAUGCAAGACAUUACAACCUGUUGUUGUAUCUCCAUGGACCAAGGCCUCUCUUUUUAAACUGGUCAUAAUUUACUGAUUGCAGCCCUUACAUGUGUUCCUUAAUUGGCUUUCUAUAAACCAAUGACCAGAUUAAUUACUCAUGUUUCGCCAAACACUGCAGAGUGCAGACUGUUCUGUUCAUAUGUUGGAAGGUUUUGCUGUUGAUGUGAUGCCAACAACCCGGCUAGCUAAAUCUUAGUAGGAAGCUAAUAGGGAACCUGCCUCGGUUUGGUAGAAACCGCACAUAACCUUAUUCAUACAUAAAUUAUCGUAAUAAUGUGGCGCAUAUAUCUAUCGACACAGAACUUCUUUUGUUACCUCGUAUGAUUAUUGAUAUAUUGCAAUACCGUGUGUGGUUAGACAAAUAGUUGCCAACACACAUUAUGACAAAUUUAAAUGCAAAUAUUUGGCCAAUGUGCGACUGAAUAUGAUAGGCCAUUAUUGCUCGUUUUAUUCAUGAAUACGCACAAUUUCCCAAAUGCUGCGACCUGAAUUUCUGUAAACCAAUCCGAGUCGUCAUUUCUUCUUAAAUUUGCCGUCCUUGGUUAUUUUUGGACACGCCUCGCAUGAGUCGCCGAGGUGUAAUGCGACAGGAGUCCAUUUUAAUCAUUUAGAAUUAGACCUUACAUUUAGUGCCAGUUUCAAUGAUCGUUCCUUUACAUCAGACUGGAUGUUAUUAACUACUAAUAUCGUUUGCAAACCCCGUGUGUCAGUUUGCAAUGAUUGAGGGCUGAUCAUUCAGAGUAACCUAACAUUUCCUGUAUGCCAGCAAAAUUAUCUAUUGGCUUGUUCACAUCUGGGAAUAAGCUAUUUUACCUACGCGCGUCCUUUGCUUCUGCUAAUAUACCUGACUCUAUAAAGAUAUUAAUCAAUUGGACGUAAGAAGAGAAACCCACUAAAUACUCGAGAUAUUCUGCUAGAUUGCAGUUGGGAUGUUAUUCCCGUGUUCUAAAUUCAACUUUAAUCCUGACAUCAACCAUAACCAUCACACUAACGCUUGUAGUCCUCCCUCCGAUUUUAACCUUCCUAACCUUUACCAUAUCCGUUAGCCUAGCCCUCCCAAACAUGGCCUUGGCAAUAACCAUCCUAAAGCUAAUUCUUCCUUUAGUUCUUAUAUUAGCGCUAGCUAAACCCUAAUUCAUCUGGUGUAUAGGGCAAAAAGCAUGUAAUACCGGAGCAUGUAUUCUCGUGACCUGCUUUUCCAUCUUUCGUUGUCGUAAACUGCAGUCCUCGUUAAAAUGCUACCUUCCUCGACACUGCUUUUAGACUUGAACACACGUCUACAUAGGUCGCGACAACUAAUGCAUGUUCAUGAAAGCUGCGGACAGCAAAAAAUAAGUACCAUAAUUAUCAUACCAUGAUGUGGACGAGAAAACUUAUGAUUUAAUUGAGGCAAAGCGUCCAGGCGGGAGAAUCAAGCAAAUAUGCACAGUCAGAAUAUUAUGAUUGCAUAAGGACUGCCCGCCAGCGGUGAAACGGGUGAGGUGUAUGAAAUGUGCAAAACCAGGCAACAACAGCAAAGCAAAACGCACAAAAACGAAAUGAGGAAAGGCAAGCAUGUGCCAAAUAACGGACAUUCACUAAUGUAGCCGCCGGCAUGGGGGAAAAAUAAAUAUUGUAUUUAAUUCAUUAACAGGAUACCUGCAAAUCCUUCAAAGCCAUCAAUGAAUUUCCUUUCAGAAUAUAUUUUUAAUGUUUUUAUCUGACAUUCAAACAUUCAAAUUCACAAGGGAUAUGUACAUGAACGGUUAAUACAGGCUUUUAUUUAAAAUGGCAUAUAAAUCUUUCAUUUAAAUGGUGCCUUUUCUCCGAUUGGAGUACUUGCCCAAUGAAACAUUCUUUACUUUCAGGGGUUAGAAAAGUGAAAUCUAAAAACCAUCGGCGGUCAAAACACUGAUGUCCAAGCACCGAAAACUGUACUAUGCAAUAUGGUUUUGAAAAACAUUUAAUUGGUGUUGGAUUUUCUUCGGGUGAAAUAGUGUUAUAAUUAAUCUAGUCUUAAGUGGUUUUAACUGUACGACACAAUCAUCAAGGUUUUGAUGAUCAUACAGGAUUUUUCAAGCAAACAUUACUCAUUUUUCCGAGGCGUCGCGUGCUGAGUCUCAUUCUUUCUUUUUUCGCGCAUAUAUGAGUAUCAAAGUAGAAACAGUUAAAACGACGAUUUCAUAUGUCACCCUUGCAUCGCACUGAGCAUGCUCUAACGGCAGUCAGUAUAUGCGUAACUUCUGUUGGGAGAGCCUACACUCCCAAAAACAAGAGCCAACCAAUCACUGGAGGCCACGCGCGUUUUCUCUACAGCGCUGUCAUCUUAGUCGUGGCGCCCCUCCACUGUCUUUUCCCUCGGGCCUGAUCGAUCUGCGUAUUCGAAUUAUCGACCAGUUUGUCUCGAAUGUUCUCUCCGAAGGGCAUUGGGCCGAAUGCCGGCGAACCACAGUAGGGCGUUGUAAAUGUGCGUUGCUUCCAGUUAACCUUGACUUGCAGUGUUUUUCUAAUACACUUUCCGUGGCCGGCCGUGUUUUCUUUGGCUGCCGCUCUGGUAUUGGGGACAAGGGUCGAGUGCGUAUACGCUUCACGGGAUUUCAAGUACCAGGCGGGUCGUAACAAAUUGGCGACGUAGUUUUUCAACUACAAUGGCUGACGAGUACGCCGACUUGAAGCAGAUGUUGCAGCAGUAGCUGAAGCUGAUGGAGGCACUCACCGUUAAGCUGUCCAACUCGUCCAUGGGUCAUUCAAGCGCGGCUGGUGGUUCGCAAUCUGCUGAUCACAUUGCCGGCACCAUUACUGUAUUCUUAUAUGGCCCGCAGGCCCAUAUCACCUUUGAUUCCUAGUACAAGCGAUACGAGGACUUGUUCUCAGUAGAUCUGGUUGCCCAGGACCAUGCAUGGAAGGUUCGACUUUUACUUAGCAAACUGAGAUUUGAAAAUUUUAGACGGGACCGAUGUCGGAUUAAAAUAUCCGUCGGAAGCGAGGAUGACCUGGUGUGGUUAGGUGUUUGAGUUAUUAGUCCAAGACACUUAAUUAUUGAGUUAUAUUCUUUUUGACUAGUCAGCGCAGUCUGUUUGUAAUCAAAAAUGGUCGCUUCAGUCAUUAAGGCCGAGUGCUGGGACCGCCGUGUAGGUAGGAAUUUUUAUACAAAAUAAGGUAUCGAAAGGCAUUUAACUUGAAAUAGACCAAGUUCCUCGCGUAUGAAAUAAAGUUUACUGUGCACAUCACAAAGCCCUUCCCCACCUCGUUUCACCGAUGUUUGGACAGUGUAGAAACGAUAAAAAUUUUAAAUGUGUUAACCAGAAGGUCGUGUGGGUGGCUGGUAUGUGUGCCAUUAAGCGUCUAAUGCGUAUGGUUACCUGAUCGAGCUUGGCUGCGUCCAUAUUCACUCGCCCCUGAUAAUUCUGCUUGCGGUACCUGAAUGCAGUAUAAGCAUACUUGCAUGGACUUUAGACGAUCAUAUCAUCUUUUAUUGGCCGCCUCAAAGUUAAGUGCUUUGUGUAUCGCCCAUAUGUCUGAGAACGGUAUGCAGAACCAGUUGCGAAAAUGUACAGACCGGAGUGGCUGUUGAAACGUACCGAGUUGUUAGCGCAUGACUUCCAAAUUAAAAAGUCGGGGAAGACAGCCUUAACGGGCAGUAGCAACUGAGGCUAACGAGCGUACACAAGGCUCAGCAUAUGACGAUAGUGCUCUCAAAAGCUGGGUUCGGUCGAUUAAUUCCUUUCCGUGCCGGCUCGAACGCUUGUGUGCGCACGAACUUUGCUCCCCUGCAGCCUGCCAAGGAAUGGUUCGGCGCCGUAUGACUUCAAGAGCUCGCAACGCCGGUGUCAAGUAAUGCCUCAUUCAAGCGGUGGAUGCACAAGGGAAGUUAGGUGGAUCGAAGGCAGCAUGGGUGGGUUGCCUCGGCGACCACGAUAGUGGACUGGCUCAUGGCCAUUUCCGACUGCGUAUGUCAAAUCCCAACCGACACAAUAGCAGCCUGUGGAUCAAUGUUAGAACUUUGGACUUGACGUUCAAUGAACAAAUAGUCCGUUUUAGAAUCCUAGGUUACCCGAACAUGCGGUUGUAUAUGGCUUGUUGAGGACAGCUGACAGGCAAGAACUGGCUAUACCCCAAUAUACAUUCUAACUAUCUGUUCUCAUUCCUGAAUGUGUAUAUGUAUAACGAAUUGAUUGAUUACUCGUGCGCACAGCAGGACUCAUCAUUUUCAUUUUUAAUAAUCCUCCCUUCUUGUCCAUUAGGGUUUUGUUUUCCUCCGCUGGGUCAGUUAUAUGCCAAAUUAAAUAGGCUUUGGACUGCCAGGAUAUAAUUGUUUGCACUGCCUUGUAACCUGCAGUUGGAUAAUGAACUGUACAUCGUCAAAGUAGUACCUAUGAAUAUUCGCAUGAAUGUGCUUGGUCACGAGAACUGCUUCUGACUUCACGACACAAGCAUGCGCGCUCUGCCGUUUGUCGGUCAUGCCGCAUUCUUUGGCCAGACAGCCUAAGCAAUUGACCACGUAGACGACUCCUGACGUGUUCUGAGAUAGCUGACAGACACUUCGAUCGUAUGAAUAAGCACGAAUCAUAAACUCCGGUCAGUCCUAAGAGUUCACGCUAGCAUGCAUUGUGUGGCUUCUGAGAUAUCCCUCCACGCAUGGACUGUGACGGACUGUUUCUGUUCACCGUAAGUCUCGUAUGCAUUUGGCAUAAGUCCCUUGUGUGGAGCUGCAAAACGACCCAUUGGAGGAAAAAAGGUUCCGUGUGCACUUGCCCUUUCACAGCUUUUCGGCUUCCGCGUCGCUGUGUUUGCCAACUCUAGGCUGUGCGGAGAUUUAACAGCGUUUUUGUGCCGGAUGGUGGGUCGAAUGUAGUUACGUAGCCCCACCUGAAGUAAACAAACUCCAGUCACCGCUAAUAGGGGACCGGCGGUAAUAGGAGUUUUUACAGGUGGGGCCGGGGGACGCACAGGCGACGAGGUUAAGUAGCAGUAUGUAAAAGAAAAGCUAUUGGGAAAAUGCGGUUGUACUUUGAACGUCUGAGAAAUUGUUGCUUUUAACACUCACCCUAAACCUAACCCCUAACUACGACCCCUAAUCCCAAACUCUAACCCCUAAACAUAAUUCCUAACCCCCUAACCAUAACAUUAACCCUAGCACCUAACCCUUAACUCCAACCCCAACAGUCUUGUGUCCAUCAGGUGGGGCUACUAAACCACAUCUUACCAGAUGGUGUUCGCUGUCGUGGCAAAAUUUUUCUCGUGUUCGUCCUCUUCUGGCGAACACCAUUCUGGAAGCCAGUUUUCUUUCCCUAUAACCUGUAAAAAAAGGUUAAACAUCAUGUUCCACUGCGAGUAAAACUUAAAGGAAAUCGGAGUCAAUUAAUGCUCAAAUGCGUUCAAAAGAUAAUCAAUCUGCAGUAUGCAUGACGCGUCCAGGGUGUCGACAUAUAAAAGUAAAAGAUCCGAGUAUCCGGUUCCUUCUCCUCCAGACCCUUACCUUCCAAUGUCACAUUAUACAGAAAAUAUGCCGAUGAACUUUGAUAAGGUUGGCGUGUGUAUCGUACCUGAAAAUGGAAAUAGCGAAUAACCCAAAGUGUUGUAUCUCGACGAACGAAAACGUGGGGCGAUGAAGGAACAGGGCACAACUUCUGAUCAAAGUAAUUAAUAUGAUAUAACUGACAAAGAUAAGAAAGACCACAAAAAGAACAUUUCUGGUUUAGUGGCUGCCACCAGUCAGCCAUACCCAACAUCGGUGACACAGUGGUUAGAACGCUGGUUUAAACCUUAGGAGUUGCAAACCUGGCAUCGAAUGUGCAGGCUGAUGGCGACUACUAAGCCAAAUAUAGCCAAUCACCCUUGUGUCUCUGGAUAAUCUCAUUUUGCUUAUCAUAUAGGUCUCUAUGAGCCAGCUUGCGGGGCUUUGGUUUGAGGCCCAAGGCCUAAUGGAACGAGCUAGUCCCUUAGCACAACCGUUUAGCGCUCUGUGCCACGGCUAAAACGAUUUCUCGAAUUCAACGCAAACAAUGCGGUUAGGAAAGUUAUCCGUCUGUCAUUCAAAGCGCAGUUGGAUAAAACACUAACAGGAAUCCUACUACAGGACAUGACAUAUGCAUACAGCAGAUUUCACUGCAGCACAGGGAACGGCACUCUCGAGGACUCGAGCUAACAUCAACAGUUUGCCAGCGAGUUGCCUCUCCCAUCACGUCUCACAGAUCACGUGAAACAAAUGUAGAAAUCGUGGCUGUUCCGGCACAUAACGAAUGAAUCCUUGUUGUUCGACGUAUAUCCCAUCUCAGAAGAUAUUAAACAAUAAACCUUUCUGUAAAAGCAUUUGUGGCCAAUUGUUAAUCUCAAAAGCACACCUGUCUAGGGGCUGAAUAAGAGAUCUAACAGACCUUUUAAGAAGAGUAAACCUUUUUAGAACAUCCGGUGUUAUCUCCACCGCAUUGGCUGGACAAAUUAGAAGGCGUCCCAGUAUUACUUGACGACCUAAUGACAUCAUUUGAUGUCACCUAUCUGUUUACUUACAUUCCUAAUUACUUGGCCAUGAGUGCCGCCAUAGGAAUGCGCAAUGAAGUGCACGAUGACACUAGAAGACUAUUACUAAAAUAGUCUAAUGAUGAUUGGGAUGGAGGAGAGCGAUUACUCUAGGGACAACGAUGCUUGGAUGAGCCGCAAAGGCCUGACGCCCUCAGCUGAUAAAUUUUGUCGACUAUAAAUGUGUGUCGGCGGGUGGUCGGCGCGCUGAUCAAAAGUGGAACCAUGAGUAGUAUACACAUCCUAAAAUUACAUGUUAACAUGUAAAAUGUAAAUCCUAUUUGCAGAGAGAACAUUAGAAAAACAGAAGAGAAAAGGCCAAUUCGCAAUCGUCAAACCAUCAAUCAUCGUCCAAGAACACAUCGGGUGAAAUAAAAGCGUGUCUAACCCGACAAGCUCCACUCUUACAUCUCUUGGCGCGCUCCCGCCGUGGUCUGAAUUCACCAAUGAGGGUUUGCUGCUUAGAUGUCGGCAAACUUCUUGAGGAUAAGAUAGUAUCCACAGACGCGCGUUCCUUGCGUCCUCUCAUUCCUGACCGCAUACCCACCGUGGUCUUGAUUCUUCAGCAAAGGCCUGCCGAUCAGACGCCAGCGAAAAUCACGAGGAUAUCCCAUUGACCACUGAGUGGACAACUGCACACACCCCCUACAUACUGUUUGCCUCGUUCCCGGCGUGGUCUGGAUUUUUCAACGAAUCCUUGUUCUUUGGAUGUCAGCGAGCUUUUUGGGGUUGAAUCAUUUCCAGCUGAAUGCAAAGCAGUCCUCAUUUUCAUCCAUUUUUGAUCGAACUCCCGUCGUGAUCUACAUCCUUCAAGGAUGAAUUACUGCUCAGACGUCAGUGAACUACUUUAUGUUGAACCCUCGCUCACGGACUCGGCAAACAGUAAUGGAAGGGGUUUGUGACUGCUGUCCCGUCCAUGGGCAGUGCUUCAAACUCAAGGAGUUCCCUGACAUCUGGCCGGCAUUCCUCCGUGAAUGAACGCAGACAAUGGCGGAAAUGUGGGCAGAAAUGGAAGGAGGUGACACUGCUGCGUCCGCCGUGGGCAGUGGUUCAAGCUUAAGAAGUUCGCUGGCGCCCGACCAACUCAAGGCCAAGUCUGCUGUCUUUUUGAGGACAGAGUCCUCCCCCUAGACGUGAUAACCGACACUACCCACUCCAAACCCUCACUGUCAUUCCGUUUUGGGCUGACAUCAUCGGUCAGUGCUAUCUGAUGAUACCGCAUGGACCUUCCUUACGAUCGCUAUUUCUUUACCGUAAUGUACUUCCUCUCCUCCCUUUCGCUUGAUCGCUUUACUCCGUCCAACCUCGGCCACCUGUGCAUUGUCUCAUUUAUGCAUAAAUGGUGAUGACUCUUCUUCCGAAUCUGUUAGUUCCUUCAAUAUUACCACGCAAUCAAGCACUUUACUGGACUCGUCCUUCUCGUCCACCACCACCACCACCACCACCACCACCACCACCACCACCACCACCACCACCACCACCACCACCUUCAUCAGCAUCAUUAUCAUUAUGAUCAAUUAUUUCAUCUUGGAAGUCUGACUGAACUCCUCCGGCUACUGGUGGCUCCAUCGUUCACGAACCGACGCAAAAGGACGUCCAUUAGCCGUUUUCUGGCACAGUGUAUGCACACCAAACAGGUGACCAAGGUAGGAAUAAGAAUAAAAACGCUGGAUAUGGGGGACCGCAUGAGCCAGAACAGGAAAUAGAAUAGGAUUUAACGGAGCGAAUAAGAAGAUAAACGGAGGAUAGAGGUGACCGCUUGGUAUUGGAUAGAUUGAAAACGACGAACACAGGUUAGGAAUAAGAAUAAGAACGCAGGAUACAACUAUCCGUAUCGGGUGAGAUAUGAAGGGGUAUGGUCAUAUCUAACAUCCGUGUUCAAGACUCAUUGCCUCGGGGUGAAUGACUCCCAGACCUACAGCCACUCAGCCGACUUCAACUCGGCCACACGUGCAUUCACAGAGUGACACCUCCUCAUGCAUCAGUUGAACACAGCAGACCCCCUGAGAGUGUGACAUAAACUACUUAGACACCACCCCUCGACAAAUGCAACAUACGCCUAAUUGACACCCCUUGAGCGUGACCCACGAGCGUAUAAUAACAGUUAUCACCGCUGUCUUGCAAACUCUUAGGCAUGACCGGACGCAGUCAACAUCAGCCAUGGCUUCGCUCGCGGCUACUGCCGAAGAAAAUGACAACUCACUGCUCCGUAUACAAUAAAACCCCCAUUCUUGUCACUUCUGUGUCUUCCUACAACUCGAGAUUUGGUCUGAUGAUUUUAGCGCAUUGAGUGCACUCUCGCCCCUUGCAAGCUACAGUCUCUAACACACCAUGCCAGACUUGCGAUAUGAAAUUGGUUGAGAAAACGGGCAAACAUUUCUGGUACAUAAUUACACCAGAGCACGUUUGCGGUUAACUACGAUGUGAAGCAAAGCAUGGCCUCGGGGAAAGCGGAGGUCAUCGGUCGAGCCAGUUAGUUCCCGAUCGCAUCAUUGGCGGAUCCAUGGUUCAGUAGCCCGCUGAAGCGUAACAUUCUGUUCAGACGAUCUGCUAAUUUUCUGAAUCAAACAAUAUCAAUUUCGGCAGACUAAGAACGCAUUUCCUACAUGACAUACGCGUAAUACGACCCGCAGUACAACUGCGAAUCGAACGACCCCAGCAUAAUCCAAACAAACCGCUAGCUUAAAGUCCACACUGGUGUUCGUCGAGGAUUUCUACGCUGCAUGAAACAAUAAGAUUGCGUGUCGUCGUUUUCUACUUGACUUCGUUUUUACGACAUCUAUAUCGUGUGUUGAAUUCCCAUUUCCAAUGUCAGAACAACAUGUUCUCGAAAUAAUUAAAGUAACCUGUAUAUUUUAACCUAAAAACUGCCUCGCCGUUUUCAAUAAUGCUUCGAAGGCGAUGGCUGUUGGCAAAACACACCGAUGUGAAGGAUAAGUUAAUAAGUCAGUAAAUAAUUGGGGGUUUUGUGUCCGAACCGCGAUUUAAAGAUCUAAUCCCGAGUCCUUCGAAUGUGCUUGUGUUCACGCUAGUGACUAUAUGAGGAAAUAUUUCUUGGUUCGGUGAUAAAAUGAAAUAUUGUCAUUGGCGAUAUAGCUCGACGCCAAGGUUCCUCCGAAAACUGCGAACAUAGACAUAUGUUGGAAAAACAAGCUUAGGUUUCGGUGGGGCUCGUUGCUCUAUAAAGCAAAUAUAUGCAGCGUUCUGCAUGAUUUAAGUCAUAUUAAUUUAUAGGAGGAACAACAAAUUCAAUAUUUUUUUUCUAAAAACAUGCGGUGGAUCGCACUAGGCACAAUCAUCACAGACACUAUUUUGCGAAUUUGUCCCAAUACAUUAAUGUAACUACAAGGAUUACGAAACGACAGCUUCAAAGUGUUUUCAAACUCGAAGGAUGCUCAACGUAAUACAUAAAAACAAGUAAACUUGAAGCUUUGUGCAUAACUACAUCAACACAUUGUAGAGCUUUGUAUAAACCGAGCGUAUGUGAGCAAAACGCACGCAAUAUAUGUAAUCAGAUUUUAUAGGAGUGAUGUCUGAAAGAAAAUGGUCGGAAAUAUGAUAGCUUGCAUGCAGGUGUAAAUUGUGGCUCAUACUAAUGUAUGAUGCGACAUCAAAUUAGUCACUGUUUAAUUUACCCAGGUUAUCAGUCGUACAUCAGAUUUAAACUCUAUUUCAUGUUUGGCUGCGCAGUGUCCUCUAUACAUGAACAUAUCCAAAAUACCCCCAUCUUGCGUAUAAGUGAAACGGUCGCGGAGGUUUUUGUCAACUUAUCCGACUACCGUGUGUCAUCUGCGGGAGGUUUCCCCAUAAUGUUUCUACACAGCCAGACCUUCAGCCUGCAGGAGGUGGUCCGUGGAUUCGUAUGGAAACUGCGGGCGACGUUUGGUCCUGUAUCCCCAUUUUUCUCAUACCUCAUGGUAUGGUUACUAAGUCAAACUCAAUACGAAUGAUUAUGCUAGCCUGCCAAACGGUAGGUUUCCUAACUGAUGAGAAGUGCCGAUUCGUAUAGCAAUUGUGUUUGCUAUUCCCCAGACGUGCGGGCAUGGCCUAAUGAAUUCUUUGACUGCCACUUAAGGUUCACUACCGACUCUUUUUCCAUGAAAGAACUUAAUGGAAUCUGCGCAUCACCUCUUUUUACCCAAAUCGGCAUAUUUUAUUCAUUCCCUUCGGAUUACACAGAAAGAGCCGAAACCAUCAAAACACGAUUCGAAAGGGUUAGUGAGCCCUAACGCCUAAGCUGCGACUACGCACGUGUUAGUGAAAAAGUGUGUUUUUAUAUGAAUUUCGCUAGUGCGCACACAUUAUUACGCAUGUAACAAAUUUACUGUCUGCCCUACAUGUCUCAGAACUCAGUGUCCACUCCAUCCUUAUGAAAUAAAAGAAGCAGUUAAGAUGGCCAUUUCGAUUAAAUAAUAAGACAAACACGCUCUUCUGCCUUCAUGCUUAAGCUGCAGUUCAGCACGGUUUCCAGCCGCGAGAAAGUUUCCGGCCACCUGCAUAUGAGGGUUGCGAUGCACCCUCAUUUUCCGCAGCUGGCGUACUCUGAAUUGCCUACUGUAUGGUUCAUAUGUGAACACUUGUCUGGCUCUAUAAUUCGCAAGUCAUCUCACAGUGCCGUCUUGGCUUAGCAGUUCGACUGUAUUUCCGAUGCCGGCAAUUCUCAGGUACUUGCACAACCAACUGAUCCGAAGCUGUGGACUCUACACACCUCCGCUCAUACCUCUUGUCUUUAUCACUCCCCAGUUAAAUACAUUCCAGCUAGCUUCCCUGAUUUCUCAAUUAAUGGGCGCUGUCGUAUUACCACAAGUUAAACAUACAUAGCAGUGUUUGCUUGAUGUUGACUCGUCCUUACUGAUUGUUGGUCAACAGGCCUCUUAGCAAAAGAUGGGCAGAACACUUAAAUGCAACCCAGAUUCGUAAAUCACAAUUGUCAGAGUUUACAUCAAAUAUUCCUGACUAAAUUACGUCCGAAUAAGCAGAUUCCGCUGACCGACAACUAAUUGUUAGUGUAAUUGUGAGCCCAAUAACAUUACCGACAAAGACAACAGAGACUGGGAUGGCCGUUUUCGACUUAUAAGCCGUUAUGAGCCAGUCAUACCCAAUCCUGAUGUGUGAAACACCUGGGAAUCGAUCCCGCGAUCUUUUAGUUAGAAAUCUAACGCUCUUAACCACUGACCCACGCGCUUGUUGUCCUGUUAAUUGCGAUCGGAGGGGCGCUCACCGAUCGGGUUACGGAACUCACUUGUCUCGUUGUCACUUAUGGCCCUAUCUCGUGCCCAACUAGUAGUCACACAGCAGCGCGUGCUAUAGGCAGAAUAAGGCUAAUAAGCCGGAAAUUGCCAUUCCAGUCUUUCUUGUUCUUGUCGGUAAUGUUAUCCUGACUACAGUACGCGCCAGCCCGAGAGAAAACCCCAAGGCACAACGGGACGAAUGAGCAUCGCAGCACGAUUUGUAAGGGCCUCUCUACCAUGGUUAGCCCAAUACUAUGACCAUUAAAAGGGGCUUUAAAUCAAAUAAAAUCCCAUUUUCUGCACAAUGAACACAGAACAUGACGUUUUGUUUAUGGCCGGAUUUACACAGUCACCGAAAGUUUGUGAAAAAAACGCAUCCUAUAUAUACAGUCAUGUUUUGUAAACGUGCUGCUUGCCGCUGAGUGAUUGACUACUUGCAUGCUCACGCGCAUAUUGCAGCGAUUUGUAGCUUGUAAGAAUCGAGCUUUGAAUUUUAAGUACGUGGAUGUCCGACUUGUCUGCAUAGGCAUUUAUUCACGGAAUUUUACCGUCAACCCAUUCAGGAGAAAAUCGCUUUACUGCAUUAGUUUCUAGCAGCAUGAUUUCAUCUGUACAGGAACAUAUUUAAAAAUACUCUCACUGGUCGUGUUGUUUACAUGUUCGUACAGGUUAUUCGGGAAUGUUUUGCUGUCCUUGUUCAUCAGCAGCAGAUUAACCUCUUAGGUCAUCGCUCAAUGUUGUCCUGGCGCACUUUAUCCAUUAAGUUAAGCAUUGUGAAUUUUACUUUGGAUAAAUGCUCCAUGGUAGCUUGUCAGUUAUAGUAAACUGAUGCAAGUCUGAAUAAGUAUCAUGUGUAUGAGCCAGUAGUCUCGUUUCUUUAGUGUGCUUUUUUCAAGAGGUAUAAUACCCAGAUAUUUGUGGACUAAGCAAAUGAAUAACUGUCGUAAACGCAUGCAUGCACGUAAGUAAAACUAAGUGAUUUAAGAAUCGGGAAUUUUAGCGAUUAUAUCGAGUUCUUCAGGUUACCAUAAUGUUUCAAAAAGGCAUUUUCUAUGACGAAAAGUUCAUCAAGACUGUAUAUUCAAUAGUUGCACAGCGCAUGCGACACAAUGCUACAAAUACGGACAGGAACGGGCUUUGAAUUUUAAGUAUGUAGAUGUCCGACUUGUCCGCAUAGGCACUUAUCCACGGAAGUUUACUGUCAACCCAUUCAGGAGUAAAACACUUUACUGCAUUACUUCCUAGCAGCAUGAUUUCAUCUGUACAGGAAUAUAUUUCAAAAUACUCACACUGGUCGUGUUGCUUAAAUGUUCGCACAGGUUAUUCACGGAUUUUUCGCUGCCCUUGCUCAGUGUUAUCCUGACGCGCUUUUUCCACUAAGUUAAACACAGUUAAUUGUUACUUUGGAUAACUGUACCAUGGUAGCUCGUCAGUUAUAGUAAGUUGAUGCAGGUCUCAAUAAGUGCCAUGUGUAUAAGCCAGUAGUUUCGAUUCUUUAAUGUGCUUUUUUCAAAAGUUAUAAUACACAGCUAUUUGUGGACUAAGCAAAUGAUGAACCGUUGUAAAUGAUCUCUUUCUAGAAGGACACCUAAGAAUCGGGAAUUUCAGCGAUUAUAUCGAGUUCCUCAGGUUACCAUAAUGUUUCAAAAGACAUUUUCUAUGACGAAAAGUUCAUCAACACCGUAUAUUCAAUAGUUGCACAGCGCAUGCGACAUAAGGCUAAAAAUACGGACAGGAAAGUCCCACUGGCCUCUUCACACAAUUCAGUAGACAUAUGCUUACAUGUUUUCACAGGAACGGUCGAGAUUGAUGGACAGAUGUGAUCGCAUAACUAAAGUGUGCUUUUUCGAUUUGUUGUCUAUCGUUUUCAUUUGUACUCGAUAUUGUCUGUCUUUUGCUGACGUUUUUAUGUGUUUUCUUGGCAAAGCUUACGUCAAUGUGCAAAGUGCUGAGCCAAGAGUAAAAUUCCAUGUCAACCCUGUCUUUUUGACGCUUCUCACAGUGCCUGCUUGAGUGGCAAAUGAAAAUGUUCGUCUGCAGGGACGUCCGCGUAGCCACUGAGAUGAGCCAAAUAAUUCGCUUCAUGUUAUCAAUUUUCAGAGGCGUCCGUUAUCACCCGUCCAAUGUCGUAUGCGAGUCCAUGCCCUUGUGUGUGAGCUCCUGGUGUGCGUUUCGUUGAUCAGGUCGUGAAUGUGGCAUGCGCAGACGAGCUCCCUAACUGUCAAGAACCUGCUUCCACUACCAGCACCAGACGUCUGACCAGUUCGGACAGUGACUGGAGUCUGGGAAUGGGAAUGGAGAGUGAAACUGACGACCCAGCGCCUUUUCCUCAACAUAAACAACCAAAUGAGCUUGAAGCUACCGCGCACGCCCAAAAGCCGUGGCUUUGAAGCUUACCAACUAACAGGAUGACUCUAACAUCAUAGUCGGCACAGUGUUUGUUUGUUCGGGGGGGGGGGCUGGCUGGUGGACUGAAAGUUAGGUUGUAACAGUGCCUUCUUAGUGUGGCCUCUAUGACAUUCCCACCUAGUGGGAUCCGAGCCAGAUGUGGCGGCACAGUUAGGCGUGGCUCCGAUCACGCCAGCCAUCUACGCCCUCCUCCACUUCUGGUAUUCCUGAUUAUGUCAUGACACCGGGAAUAUGUGGCGGCGAGGAUAGAGUGCGGUAGGUGCUGCGCAAACUUACUGUCACUAUAAAAUAAUACAUGCGUAUGUCGCCGUUCCUGUUCUCACUCUGCUGCGGAGCACCCGUUGAACAUUGUCAAAAUCGACGAUUGAACUGUCAUAUGAAUCGAACUAAAAUAUGCCACAGAGAUAAUGAUCUACGGUCAGCUACAUCAAGCGUGCAGUCGACCACGAUCACUGGCUAUUCAUGCGCUCUCUCACUCUCAGUCAGUAUGCAUGUAAAUCAAAAGACAUAUGCUCCAGUCUCGCCCGCGGCCUACAAUUCUUUAAACAAUAGUGUGGGUUGUCGUGGGGAAUGAAUUUCUUAACAUGCCUAUGGAUACAAGCAUAAAUGCAUCGAUUACAGUUGCCUAAAUCGCAAAAACAACCUCGCUAAAACAGAUUUCGCCAACGUCACUCUUGCAGUAGGAGACUUCCAAUUUUUCUAUGGAUUUGGAAUCAAACAAAAACCUAAAAGCGUUCACUAGAGCUUCUGCUGGUGAUUAUUUACGGAAAUCCUUGUUGGCCUACGACGACUCAGGUUUGAGGUGAGUACUCAUUUCCAUUUGCAUAGCAUAGUUGAAGUAACUGUUGUAAAAGGAAAACUUGAUGCGUGUCAUAAAGAAUAAAAUUUCGACUAUAAAUAUAACAUCAAAUUAUCUAAGUGUCCAUUGUUUGUUUUUUGCCAAUCCGUUAAUCAACAGGAGCCCACUGUCAAUUUCGGCAUCACAAAAUCUUCUAAGCAAGCAAUCCGUUUUUGACUCAUAUCACGUAAUUUCCUGCUUUGCUGAAACCCUUCAGCCACACCCUUAGACGCCCAAAGAAUCGGCAGCAGCGACUGUGAUUCUCCUCGGCAUAAAAUGUCAACUCAUCCUUAAAUGUAUCAGACAUUCCACAAGCACGCUGACCGGUGUACGACCCUGACGACCGCUCAACUAUAGACUCAGGCGAUGUCUACCUUGUGCCUCAGCAAACUAAGCUCAGGGAUGGCGAUUUAUACGCGAAUCUGUUUAUACUGACUCCCUCACAUAUUUAAACACACCGGUUGAAUAUAUUCUCGACGAAAUUGAUAGCAUACACAACUAGAUCCAGCUGAGUUUAUAGGGCAAGGGCGACUGCAAUGGUCAUUUCUGGCUUAUUAGCCGUCGUCGGUCAGUCAAACCUGACCCCGAAGUGUGAAACACCUGGGGCUCGAUCCCGUGACCUGUUUGAGGGGAUUUAGCCACCAAACAUGCAUAUUCAGCCGAGUGCAGAUUUUCUAAAUUAAUAACUGUUGUCGUUGUGCAAAAACAUAUCUCAUGAUUACCACACAAAUGCAUGCGCCUGAAGUUGACUGAUGGAACGUCUACGCUUGCUAAGCCGUCCCUGUAUAGUUUAAAUGGAAUAUUUCGUCGGAAAUGCGAGUAGGAGACCCCACGUAAUGCCUGGGAUCUUACGUUAAUUACAGGGCGAUUAAUGUCAGAAUUAGGGUAAUGGUUAAGUUUAGUUUAAGGAUUAAGAUUAUAGAUAGGGGUAACCAUCGGGAGAUGGCACCCAAAAAUCUGUUACCUAGAAAUAUUAAUUUAAACAGUGGACUCAAAAGCCUUCAGGCUAUAUCAGCGGUUUUAGGCCUACCUUCGCGCACUACUUGGACUUUCCGCGACGGCCUAGCAUGGGCUGGCCGAACGAACACCGCAGGAGGUUAUAUGGACGAUGGUCGCUGUUACCCAACCUUCCCCAUCGUUACACACGCACACCUGAAUAUACGGCAAACAUUCGCAUUAUAGCAGUUUAUUACAAAACAAAAGCACUUUUAAAUAGGAUAAGUCUGCACAACAUGGGACAGCAACAGUUCCCAGGCAUCUGUCAAAGACAUGGCAUGGAGGCCAAACCAAAGACGAUACUGUAAAUCGUCUAUGUGCGCUCACACAGCUCGACCACAUACAGGGCCUCCCUCCUUUUCAGUCUACUCCAGUAUGCCUCAAUGACAUUGGUGUGCCGUCCGGUGAUAGAGUCCUUGAAGUUCUUUGAGUUGUUAACAGUGAAAUGUAGAUAACGUUCUGAGGGAAGACGAUUAUACGACUUCCACUUGUCCGUUCCCACUAUACUGCCUAUGGCAACCCAUUUUGUAAUAACGGAACGGAGAGCGGGCCAACUUCGAUCAUUCACCUGUUCAAAUAAGGCUUUCCGUCGGCUAGUAUUGUACAUCCCGACCAGCCACCACCCAUACAACCCCUAUUACCACCUGUCCCAUAAGACAGACUGCUUUGGAUAGAUGGAUUUUUUGGGUGCCAUCUUCCGUUUGUUACCUAGAUAGGAUUAGAACACGAGUGUUAGUUCCACCGUCGAAAUUUAGCGGAUGGCUACUUCAGUAAGAUGGAUUUUCCUUUUCGCCUGUCUUGCAGAGCAUUUUAGCACAGAUUCACCUUGUGCCUUUUGAAUUGCUGAAUAUUUCCCCAACUUGUUAGAUUGCAAUUUUACGAGGAUUUUGCAGAAUAACUUUCAAAUGGAUGCACAUUUUUGUUCAGUUACUUGAAAUUCGGUUAUAUGAAGUGCUAGAUCAGGAGGAUUUUUCCGACGCUAAGCCAGAAAUUUAAACACAACACUUUAGCCACUGACAGAAAUUUUCACCUAAGUGUGAACUAAACGCGGACCAAUUCACCGUUGAGCAAAAUAUUCUCCGUUCUCCCAAGCCACGAAUGGUCAAUCAGCUCUUUACAUGUCGUCUCCCAUUGCACGCAAGACUGACACCGGUUGGUCGCCAUCCACAUUCGCUUCCUAUAUAUGACCUUGGAAUACAACCCUGAACUUGACCUAAAAUGCUACCCUAUUUUAGACCUCAGAAAUCCACGUCACCGGUUCCAGUCACCUCACGAUCUGUACUGUCGGCCGCACUCACGGUCAUACUCUUUGGCCGGCUCCUUCUCGUUGGGGCUCCUGUCGCAUCUGCCGCCAGUCAGUACGCAGUUCGUGCAGCAAAACAUGCGGAGGACUCCGGCCAAGGUAACCGUUAUACAUUGGCAAUGCAUGUUCUGCACCUUACGCAACAGCGCAGCGUCCUGUCGCUGCAGGCAGUCAGUGGGACACAAUAGGUUCGGUGGAGUCUAAAUCUGUUUGUACAGUAUCGGGCAGAUUUAUCGGCAGUCCGCACUUCAGCCUGCCCAAAGCCGGCCAGUAUUGGCUAUGUAAAGUGCACUGGUGGAGGUUUAGUUGUCAAACAAUGGCCGCAGGGUGGAGCGAGUGGAUUUUAUUGCUCUUACCUGUUGAUGCAGUUUUUAGAGCAGCAGACUGUCAAGAAGAACAGCUUUUGACAUUUCCUAACUUGGCACUCGUUCCUUCACUGAAGAGAAUAGCAAAUACUUGAACAAUUCUAUUAAAACAUGAUUCAUUCCGUGGAACCCUUUAGUUUAUAAAUGAUUUGCAAAAAUGCAACAUGGAUAGAACACACACGUUUGAAAUGACAUCGUUUGAUGCUCAUUUAAAUAAGGAUUUGGACCUAAUCAUAAAGAGACAAGUUUGCGUGGAUUACUAUAUAUUUCUGCUCCCACAUCACUAUCACCUUAAAAAUCGUUGUUACUAACUAGUACGUUUGGAAUAAAUAGCCAUAAUUACUCGAUGUUGCUUUGAGGAUCUUAACGAAGAAGCAUUGAUUGCACAUGCACCAUUAGCCGACUUUAUGGGAGAGGCCGUCCUCUCGGAACUGGACGUGGAAUCCACGCUAGUAACACACGGUGACCCUGACAGUGACCGUCCACUGCAGCGGACAGGGGACAAGACCCUCACCGAAUCCAGAGAAUCUGAUGAAAAUCCUGAGACCGUACGGUCACAGAACGCUGCGGCAGGAGAAAUGGCCCACAACGCAAACGCCUCUCCGUGGUCUGAUGGCUCCAAAGCCCAGAAAUUAAAGUAAGAACCAUGUAUUUGUUUGUAUAUGAGGAUUUGCUUCUUGACGCAUGUUUCUGAAUGCAGUUUAGAACUACUUGAUUACUGGAGUCCCUUUGAUAGACUCAUGACAUACUUCCAAAUUGUGAAAAUUUACGAAAAUAUAUGCUUAUGUUCUAGUUUUUUAUGGUACUUGAUUAAUAAAAUUUUCCGUCACAAAGCACAGAACAAUCGACACAGUAUUUAAGGGUAUCGGAAAAUUUCAGCGGUUUUUUAUUCAUUUAAACAAAGAAUCGGAUUCAACUGUCUAACUUCUAGGAAGACGAUUCCCACAAGAAAACAUUCUAAUUGUGAUUGUGUUAGCAGGGCAAAACGGUGCCGAUAUUUUAUUUUCCCGAAACACAGAUGUGGGCUUUAUAGUGAAUUCUCCCACACAGGCAUUUUCAGGUUCGGUUCAAAAUUUGUUACUAAUAUUGGUGCAUAACGCAAGACAAGUCGGGAAUGCUGGGAGACACGUUUACGAGCCAAAGCUCUCAGGGAUGUUCAAAACAGUGGCACGACUUCAACAAAGCGCGUUUCUAGACUUUCAGCUGACACCUGUGCUGGGCGUAUGGAGGAUCAGAUGGUAUCGUGAAGAAAUUUGGCUCUUCCUUAACAAGUCCAUGCAGGUCACAACAGUAUGCAAGGAGCAUAUAUGGAGACGAAGCGUAUUCUGUUAGAGUCCACAAUUGAUAAAUAAACUGCUUUAUUUCCGUCGUUUUUAAACUCAGGUAGAUGUGCCAGGCACGGCGUGCAGUGAAUGCACACAGAAAUACACGUGUUAAGUACAUCAACAGUGUCUUAACGCAUGUCAGUUGAUCCAGAUAACUAACAUGCCAAGUGCGCAGAAAUCAUAUUUCUUAUGCAAAUCUAAAGGACUAAAACAAAACGAGAAACCCAUGCAGGAUUUCUUUACUACGCACGGUAAAGUGGGUGAAUGACAAUCAUUUACUGCUUCGGCGUAUGAAAACAACUGUAUUUCUUGCUGCCCUAAUGCUUAAUUUAUUAAUGGGUUUUAAUCAGCAAAACGAGAUGUCCGUCUUUUUACGAAAGUGAUUAUUGUCUUUAAUCUCUGGUGAUAAUUUCGACACAGAGAACAACAAGAUCACCCAUCUAGGAUGUCAGCACACGGAGGGCAAAAGCAAACCGUUCCCAAGCGGGAUUCGAGGUCGCCGGCACGGGAAGCACAGGAUAUUACGGAAGAAUCGAGACGACGUAGUCGACGGGCAGUCACUGCGUUUAGACAACACAUCUGGCCAUUUGGAAUUAUUCCUUACGAAAUAGGACCACAGUUUUCCGGUACGUUAACCGUUCGUUGAAAGCACCUUUUCCAGUAAGACUUCAUGUGAUUUAACUGAUUAGAAUGCAAAAUACGUAGGUGAAAUAUCGAGCUUAAGUCGGACGCAAUGAACUGUGUUACACAACAGGACCAUAUUACUCAAUAGAAGUGAAUGAGGGCUUUAAGAAUGACUAAUUGAUAAUAAAACGCCGUGCAGAAUAAUAAAGUGACUUUGAGCUCAAAAUGUCUGUGGCGGACUGCGUUGACUUUAAUUGUGCGUUAAUUAUAUGCUUUACGCUGGAAUAAAAUGCAUACUGUUGAUAUGUGAAAGAAGAGUAGUUUAUUUAGGAAACCGGUUUCAUACAUUUUCUGAGCUAAUGCAUUGGGACAUCCCCUAAAUCAACAGAAUUUUACCCCCGACUAACACGCAGUGGAAUGCCAGAUUCCUCAUACGCAACAAGGAAGCUAUUAAGACGAUGCAUAGCUUUGAUUACGCAGAUGCGUCCAGGUUAAUUCUAUUGCUCCUAGGCAGUGAGCGAUUUCAUGUAAAUGUCAGACUACUAACGCAAUAGUUAAGAAUUUCCUUUACUUCAGAGAGACGAAACAUAGUAGCUAUCUGGAUAUAGAUAAUAGCAACUGCUUCUAUGUAGAGAAAAUAAAGUCUUGAAAGGCAAAUUUUGUACAGGUGUCCGCUCAGAAUUAUGUUUAAGGCAACCAUAUUAUUCACAAGGUCCUAAAGCCAGAAAUCACUGAAAUUUCCCUGUGCUUAAUUUUCUUUUGAUAAACCCACGAUACGUGCCAGUGUCGCCUUACAUGAUAGUGCACCCUAUGUCCGGUCCUCAGUGUGCUUCUGCGGGUUGCUGGAGGUAGAUGUAUUACAAGUGGUCGGAAAUCGUAAACUUAGAUUUCUAAAGCCAGGGAAUUCUCUUACAACAUUUCCACUCAUUUUUGCAUUGGCUUUUCUGUGAAAGAUGACCAGUGCAAUCGGUGCCAGCAGUAUACUAGGACAAUCGAAAAUGAUCGGCAUUUAUUGAACAGGUAAUUUGACACUACCAGUUACGACAUUAUAUGUGUUAAAAUGGUACUAGUAUGGUGAAUUAGUACCAAUUAUUUUUGUCAGUCAGCGGGGACAAUUAUGGUCGUCUUUGGAUACUUGAAAGAGUGAUACAGGAUAUCAACCGCCAAUAUGUGUGCGACAUUGUCACAUCUCAGUUUUCCUCAUGUACCGAAAUAUGUUCUAAACGGUCAUUCAUCUGCCUGCGCAACUCAAUUGUCAUGGUUCUGGCCGUAUAUUUAAUGGCUAAUUUUUGGAUGUUUAUUACCAUAUGUCAGUAAAUCUGCGCACCGGAGCCAAAGAAAAUCCAGGGAGGACGGUCAGGUAACAGAUACUUAGAUUUUUAGUUAGAUUACCACCUGCUUGGGCAGUCAAAUUACUAUAUCAUAUUUGAUUGAUUCCAAACGUUGCAGUCUGUUGGGUAGGUAAAUUGACAAAUAUGUGAUUAAAAUUUCAUCGUCCUGCGGGGCCUCGUAGCUCAGGUCCUUAGAGCGUCGGUUAUACUAAAGGACUUCCCUUACGGUCGUGGGUUGGAAUCCGACCGAGGCUCCAAUAUUUUCACUGUUGGGUCAAAGUGAAUUGAUAAAAAUCUGCCAAACCAUCUAUAGGAAAGUAUUUGAAAUCGCAAGAAUAGACCGAAAAGGGCCGUCCUGCAAUGAUCAUGGCCUCUACGUUUGGAAGGACCUAAGCUACAAGGCUAAGUCAGUGUCAUCAUCACUAAUACUCCCUGCAUGUCAAAUAGUGAUGGAAAAUAUGAAAACCGUCCGCAUAUUGACUAAUACAAAUAAAAUAUACCAAUAGUUCGACUUUAAUUUCUAACAAUGUCCACCUAUUGCUCCACAAGACGGAGAAGCGGGCACGGUGACUUGCGCGUUAAUUAUUUAAUAGUGAAUGUAUACUUUUGCUGUAUACCCUUCUCCUCCUCCAACCAAACCCGGUGUCAAGACGCCGUCAAGAAGACCGGAGGUGGGGAGGACGCAGAUGGAUGGCGCAGUCAAGCCCGCACCUUAGCACUCUACUCCACGCCCUAGUCCACACAGCAAAUAACCAGGAUUUAAACCAAAAAUAACAAAGAGAGCCGGCGUGGCCGAGGCCGCACCUAGGCGUGCCGCCACACCUGACCUGGAUCCCACGGAGUGGGAGUGCCAUAAAGGCCACAUUAAGAAGGCGUCAUUGCAGCCUGUCUCCUAAACCAGCAGCCGGCCACUCCACACAACACUGGACUGACUGCGAGAUCACCGUUAUCCCGUCAGUUGACAACCUUCCAAACCACGGCUUUUAGCGCAUUGUGAUAGCUUUAAGCGCGUCAGAUUAGUGAUAUUGAGGAAAAUGCGCGGAGCCGUUGACCUAACUCUCCCUACCCAUUCCCAGACCCCAGUCACUGUCCAAGCCGUUCAGAUGACGGGUGUGUGGAAUAGGCGUGAAUUUGAAUACACUAAUUAUCACAACAAUAACAGGAUUGAUGAAGGACCAUGACUAAACUGAAUGGUCUGAAUGUGCUAUGCAAAAAAGAAUGUCUUUGUGCAGCAUUAUUCCGAUAAUCAGUCACUCCAGCCAAAACACCUAAAAAGCCCUUUUGCCAGGGACCAUUAAUUCAUGCCACCUCUUGGCACUUUCGAAAUCGUAAGUGGGCAAGCGAAUCAUAUUAAAAAUUUGGUAUCGGUAAAUAGAUCGGCAAUGGUAGGGUUAUGGCCAGGGUUACUUACUCCAGAGAGCCUUUGGUUGACCAAAAGAGCCGAACAUUUAAGAGCUUUUUCGUCACCGAUUAAAAGGGACACUAUAUUUUUGUCUUUUAUUGGUAAUAGUGAACGAAUUUCAUUCAUCUUUGCGGGCACUGCCAAAAAUAUAUUGUUUUGUCGUAUUUUUACUCCAAUGACUACAUUAAAUCGUCUUGACCACCCUCACUCAACAGGCACCGCGAGAUAUUUCUAUUUCUUUCUCUGCCACUUAUGUACAAAUAAAUAUCGCCAGGGAUUUUUAGCCCAUUUGCACCCCAGAGUAAGUUACCGGGUCAUAGCCUUGGCAAUAGUUCAUUUCAUAGAUAUUCAUUGGUAAUAGUCCUGCACUACGUUUUUCGUUCUAAUUUAUGUAGUUUGCGUGCUUUGCCAAAAGAUCCUUCCAAUAUAUCUUUAAGACUAUGCAAAAAUGGCCAUCAUGCAAGCAAUGCGAGUUUGGGAAAGCGUUACAUGUCUCCGCUUUGUUCCACGGCAGCAAAAACACGCGUCAUACAUUAUCUUCACUGUUCUUCCCUGUGGGUGAGUAAUAUUUACUUUGUGCAUAAUAUUUCUUUGGUGUAAAGUAAUGACGGUAUGGCCGUCCGUAUUGAUUAUGUCGGCCGCGUGCUCCACGGUGUAAAGUAAUAGAAACUCAGUGGCAGGCGGAAAAUUCAAGUCAAAUUAAUUUAUUUGAAAGGGAGUCGAUUAUGUACGUAAAUCGUAUUGUCUCUUCUACAAAAAUCGCACGUCUGCAUUUUGACUAUGAGAAUUUUAGCGUAAAUUGGCAGUCAAAAUGGUCAGAUCUGUGAUAUCUCUCUAAGGUGAGACAUUCAGUAUGGACAAAUCACACAGCGUUUAUUCAAUAAAUGCCAAUUAAGUGUAGUGUGUGCGCAUAUAACUGGAAAAUCUAUAUGCUUAAUGAAUUUGUGGAACAUGAGUGUGCUCCAAUCACGAAUGCCAAUACCGGUUUGCGUCGCGUGUACACAUAAGAAUAAGCCAGCUCAUAUGGUGUUUCAACGUACAGGUGAGGUACGGGCAAAGAAGGCCCGAGCAGUGGUUUUUGCUCUAGGUUAUAAGAGCUGUUUUCUAUUCCUGUUGCAAUAGCUUCUCAUGUGGCUGAUCAGGCAGAUGCAUGAAGUGACGAGCGGUUGCAGUGGGGAGGGAUCUUUGCCGCGACUACAUUGUUGAUAGCUAACGACUUGGAAGUGGGAUACCCUCCCAUAUCCUUAUUUCGAUUCUGUCGUUGUUGAGAGUAUACUUCACCAGGAGUAAACACAGCGCUUUCAGCCUUUUAAAUGGCGGUCAAGGUUUAGCUCUUCCCGAGAAGAAUAUGCCCAGAUAUCGUUGCAUGUACGGCUUGAUCUUCGUGUUGAUUGCGCGGUCCUGGGCAAAUAAGAGAUUCUGCACCUACCCUUAAGAAGACAUUUGAAUGGCUUGCAAGACAUGAAGGUUGCGGAGUAUCCCAUAGGUUCGCAAUUGUAAGUCAUUACUGGUUAAUCCUAUCAGUAAGUUUCCAUGGACAUCGCAGGGAAUGCAUUUGUCCCUCAGCUUUUGCGAGAUCUGUCAUUUCCGCCAUAUCUCCUGCAGCAUUAAGUCCGAGAGAUAGAAACUGACCUAUUUCUAGACUUACGCUUCACAUUUGUUUUAUCAAUAGUUGCACUCCAAGGGGUGAAUAGUCCAGCCGGUCUAACUCUGAAUAACAUGGCGGAAGUUGGACAUAUUAGAGAUAAGACAAGGUUUUACUUCGACCAGCGCUUAAGCAAUCUGAGCCAUGAGGCUCCGACCGACAGCCGUAAGUCCAAUCACAUUUGGGUCAAGUUGCUGGAGGAAACAACUGCAAAGUAUGUAAUCCGCCGACUCAAAGAUGUAACCUGGAUGCCGAAAAAGACCUGCAUAUAAAAAAUUCAUGAAUUCGCAGGCUCAGUUAAUUACUAUGUGUUUUGGCAAAUUUGAAUAAAUUUGAAAAGUUCGCCAGCCUCGGUGGGAUUCAAAUCUACGAGGGUAACAACAAUGCCUGGAUAUAACCAACUGUCGAACCACCUGAGAUAAAAAGCUCCGGCAGAGGUUUUUCUCGUAUUGCGAAAUUCACUGAGGACAAUAUUCUUCCACAACUGGGUAUAAUGAAAUUGCAGAAUUUUAGUCUCUUAUUAAUUCAAGUUUUGAUCCCUAAUGCGUCAUACUUUGGCUUACUUCUAAUCACUCGUGGGUAUUUUAGGAUGCACCUAUAAUGUGCUGUUUAAAGAGGAAUAUUUCACAUGUCUGCAGCAGUAACGGUGCGCCAUUUCAACUGCUCAGCGGGCCACAUUCGAACGGUUCAGAAAUUUAUACUACCUUGCGAACCGGCGCUAUUUUCAUAUUUAUAUAUGUACCAAGCAGAUUUCUAUCGAUAACGAAUGAUUAAUUAGCUACAUUUACGGCAAGUAUAAAACACGGUUUUUUGCAGCAUAACAGGACUAUGAUGGUCAGGGUGCCUUAGUUCUUCCUCGAGCAUGCACAAGCUGUUUUGGGACCGAACUCAUGUUAUUUCCCGGGAGCUAUGAUUUUGUCCGUAGUCACUGAAUGCACAUAAAUUGUAGUGGUCGAAACCAGACCUGUUUUGUCCUGUACAAUCUUAGCUCACAUGUCCAUUAAUCAUGCCUUGCCAAUUAUAUCUAAUUAACAAACUGAAUACAGUGUAUUGACCCUAUUGUAAAUGGGCGAGCAGUAUAUUACUAAGAAUAUCCGAGUAAAAAGUAUGUGAACCGGUCAUAUACAUCACAUGCGGCCAAGGACCGAGGCCUACCCAUCGUGUCACCCUCAGUAACGGGGGUUUUCGAAUUUUCAUGUUCAUGAAUGCCUAUGUCUGGGUGUGAAUUUUAGCAGAAUUUUGUACAGACAUUUGUAUUGUAAAACACUACCCCUGCCCACCUUUUAAAGCAUAUCUGGGUUGAGCAGACACAAUAUGCUUAGCUGUUUCUAGGCGAUGACACAGGCUAACUUAACAAUUGGUUUCACAAUGCGAAAUAUAUUUCACCGGUGAUUUCCUGAAAAUGUCACCGCUGCCAAUUCAGAUUAGGUGUGGAAUUACGUAUUUAAAAGUUUUCAUGCUGAGAUGUUUCGGGGAAAGAGUCGGACAAAAUAUGACACGAACGGAUUUACUUUAUUUCUUCAUAUGUAGGUGCUGUGCGGAAGUCGGUCGCCAAAGCGAAUACAGACCACAAUAUGUUUCCAUCGCAGCAUCCUGUAUGAGUGA